UUCAAGCCCCACGUUGAGCGUAGAGAUUACUUAAAAGAAAAAUCUUUAAAAAAAGACAAAAACAAAAAGUGAGGUGUUCAACAAAUACCUUGAGACACAUGUAGGGGAAGAAUUUGGGGCCCCCUCUCUGCUCAGAGCCCUAAUUUUCUGUUCAGGACAGGCAGGUAGUAGGAAGCAACCGCCAUGACGGUCAGCACUGAUCUAGGCCCUGCCCCCAUGUUGGGUCAGCCUUCUAGAACCCCCUUCCCCCAGUAGCUGAUAGGGAUUGGCUGGAACUUGGCUGUGAGUCACAAAGCCAUUGUGGCACCAGGGCCCCAAGGCUGGCCAUUCGGGCUGGUGGGUUCAGCUUCAGGGGCAGAGCCAGUCAAGGGCAGUUUUGCUGCAUGUUGCAUGGGAUGAAGGGCUGAAUGAAGGCUGCUUCCUCUUGCAAGCUGGCCUCUGAGAUUGUACGUUCUCCUCCUGCUCCUCCUCCAACUCUAUGGCCCUCCAAGAGCUGACUCGCCCAGGAACCAAGACAAUGCAGGAAGCAGCACAGCUACCGUCGUCACCGGAUGGGCAGAGCCUCUACCAGCCCCAGUCCGUCUCCAGUCUCCAAGACAAAGCAGGGACACUGAGUCCGCAGCCUCAGCAUGAGCCAGUUGCGUCCAGGGAGACCCUUCUGCAACAGCAUGACAAGGAUGUGACGGUACCUCGUCACAUCCCACGUCUGCGGGCUGUGGUUGAGAGCCAGGCCUUUAAGAAUGUGCUGGUGGACGAGAUGGACAUGAUGCUGUCCCGGGCGGCCACCCUCAUCCAAGCCAACUGGAGGGGCUACCGGCUCCGGCAGAAGCUGAUCUCCCAGAUGAAGGCAGCAAAGGCCAUCCAGGAGGCCUGGCGACGCUUCAACACCAGGCGGCUCCUCCAUUCUGGCAAGCCCGUGGGAAAGAAAGUGAGUGUGGAUGAGGGUGACAUCCCUUACCACGCCCCCCAGCAGGUGCGGUUCCAGCCUCCAGGAGAGGUCAAGCCUCCUGUGGCCCAGCCCGUCAUGGUGAGCAAGGAGACCCAGUUCCCUUCCUCCGACAGCCUGGACACCUGCACCCACCAGCUGGCCCUGCUCCAGGCCCAGGGUGGUCCCCAGCCUGGCAUGCAGGCACCUGGCUCCACUGGGGGACCCAGCGUCACCUUCCUGCCCCACCAGACCAUUGCCAUCAGACUGCCAUGUCCGGUGAAUCUAGACGCAAAGUGCCACCCGUGCCUGAUGACGAGAACCGUCAGAAAUGCUUGCCUUGUCCAUGUAGAAGGGGACAUGGUGAAGACCAAGCAAGUAACCACCAGAGCCAACAAGACAGGAGCCCCGGGGCCGCCCCCAUGUGGGAGGUAUGCCCAGGCAGUUCACGGGUCCCUCAAGACCCAGACCCAGGGCCACGUGGAGACAGAGGUCCUCAAAACCCCACCCCAGACAGGCCCAGCCCUUGUGAUAAACAAGACCGCGCCCCAGAUGUAUCCGGCGACCACGAUGACCAAGACCCCGCCCCAGCCAUGUGUGGCGCCCAUGGUGACAAUAGCCAAGACCCCACCCCAGGUAUACCCAGCAGCCCCGAUGACCAAGACCCCAACCCAGAUGAACCCAGCGGCUGCUGUGACCAAGACCCCACCCCAGCCAUAUCCUGCUGUUGCAAUGCCCAAAAGCCCACUCCAGUCGUGCCUGGUGGCCAUGAUGAGCAAGACCCUGCCGCCGCCGUGCUCCACGCCCACAGUAAUGAUAACCAAGGCCCUACCCCAGACUUACCCAGUGGCCCCAAUGGCCAAGAGCCCACCCCAGACGUGCCCGGUGGCUGCGAUAGUCAAGGCUUCACCCCAGACAUCCCAGCCAGCCACCAUGACCAAGACCCCACUUCAGUCUGGCCUGGGGGGCAGGGCGAACAAGACCCCAACCCAGCCAUGCCCAGUAGCUCCCAUGUCCAAGACCCCCACCCAGAUGCGACCCACAGCCUCAAUGACCAACGCUUCACCCCAGACACGACCAGCAGCCAUGAUGGCCAAGAUCUCACCACAGAUAUGCCUUUUGGCCUCUAUGAUCAAGCCCCCAACCCAGACACGGCCUGUGGCCACCAUGGGCAAGGCUCCACCCCAGACGUGCCCAGUGCCCGCCAUGGCCAAGACUCCAGCCCAGAUGCGCCCGGCAGCCCCGAUGACCAAGACCCCACUGCAGACAUGUCCAGCCGCUGCCAUGGCCAAGACUCCAUCUCAGAUGCUCCCAGGGACCUCCAUGACCAAGACCCCUCCCCAGACGCGUCUGGCAGCCAUGGUCACCAAAACCCCAGCCCAACUUCGCUCCAUGGCCGCCAUCCUCAAGACCCUGUGCCUGCCACCUUCAGCAGCUGGAAAUCUGAAGUCUUCACCUCCGGCAACUGUGGCAGCUGGGAUUCCCAACGCCUCAUCCCGCACGUGUCUGAGCGGACCGAAGGCCAAGGCUACGGUGAACGCCAAGCAGACCGCCGGGAUGGUCCGGGUCUCUUCUCACUCCUACCUGGCUGAGGGAAAGGUCAAAUACUUUAAUGCACCACAUCUGGGGGCUGGGUCCCCCAAGGCUCCAGCCAGGCCUCCUUUGGAAGCUGAAAGAAUGAAGGCCUUUUCCCAGAAGCAGGUGAAAAUAGAAACAGGGUCCAGUUCCAGUGUGGCCAUCGAAAUGUCCCGGGCAUCCCCCUGGGUGAAAAUGGCCGAGGACAGGAACAAGUCCUCGUUACAGACAUGCCCGAGGACAGACGUUGUGAAGGUUCAGCCCCAGGUGUACGUGCCCAUGGAAACGGCCGUGGUUCUGCCCCGGGCACAGCUGGCCCCGUGUCCGACCAAGGUCCCACCCCAGACACAUCUGGAGACCUGUGUGGCCAAAGGGCUGCCCCAGGAGCAGCUGGCCACCUGUGCGACCACAGCCUCGUCCCAACUGACAGCAGCUCUGCCCCAGGCGCACCUGGGCACGUGUCUGUCCAAGACCCUGUCCAAGACCCUUUCCCAGGCCCAUCCGCCCACCAAGCUAACCAAGACCCCGUCCUUUGCACAUCUGGGCACGUGUCUGACCAAGGCGCAGUCCCGGGCGCAUCUGGCCAGCAGAGUGAUAAAGGUCCAGUCCAAAGCACAUCUGUCCACCGAGCUGACCAAGGCGCAGUCCCAGGCCCAGCUGGUCACAGAAACAGCCAAGUGCCUCUACGCAGCCCAGCACUCGGCCGAGCUCAGCGGCAAGACCCAGUCGCAGCCACUCCUGGCUGGGUUCAAGGUCUCCACUCAGCCCUGCAAGCAUACUGGUGCCCUUGGCAAUCUGCCCCGAGCCAAGCCAGAGGACAGACUGACCCAGAUCCAGCCCCACAGCUAUGUGCAGGGCAAAGGCACCCAGGGCCCAAGCCAGGGGCCCUGCGAGACCCAGAGCACGCUGGUGCCUCUGGUGGCCUCUGCUGGACACCCCACCUGUAACAUUGAAUCCUGGGGUGACAGUGGAGCCACCCGGGCCCAGUCACCGAUGCCCGGCCCAGCCACACCCUGUCCAGAAGAGCUGGCUGCCUCCCAGCUCGCCUCCCUGUGCGCCGAGCUGGCCGCUGAGCUGGGAUCCGAGGAGGACCUCCGCGCCCUAUUGACCAAAGCCCUCUCCCAGGGGCAAGUGAGGGCAGCCCUGAACCAGGCCCUGACCAAGAAAGCCCUGGGCUCCACGAUGGCCAAGGCCCUGCCCCAGGGCAAGCUGGGAACGGCGCUGAUGAAAGUGCUCUCCUGGGGCGAGCUGGGCCUUGCGUUGUCCCGCACCCUCUCCCCUGGCGAGCUGCGGGCAGAACUCACCAAGGCCAAGCAGGGUAAGCUGGCGGAUGUGCUCAGCAAGGCCCUGACGGAGGAGGAGUGGGCCGCUCUGAGCCAGGCCCUGUGUCAGGGGGAGCUGGGUGCUGUCCUCAGCCAGUCUUUGUCUCAGGCAGCCCUGAGGACUGGCAUCGUCCUCCCCAAGGCUGCCUCGAAAACAGCAGGAAGCAGGAUGUCUGUGAUUCCGGCCCCCGUGGAGGUGGACUGCAGGGGGAUCCCAGCGGCCGCGUGGGGGUCCGCCGUAGGCCCCGUGAGACCACAGCCCAGCAAGGUCAGGGUUCCCCAGGACGGGGCCUGGGAGGGCUUCUUCACAGGCUGGCCUGCCGGCUUCUUGGAAGAGAUGGGGGAUGGGGCCAUGUUCGGGGGGUCACCCUGCUCACCGGUAGUCUCUGUGGGUGCCUCCUUGGCCAGUAGAGUGAUCUCUGCCAUUCAUCAGCAUCCACUGAUCGCUGCCCUGGACCCCAGCAGGGGUGGCGGCUCAGACCUACAUCUGAACCCUGCGGUCAGUGAGGAAAACGUGCGCCUGCCCCCAGGGCCCAGUGAAUUAGCAUCAGAUCUCAACCCCGUGGAAAGUGACACGGGCCCCAGCUUACCCAAGCCACCCCACCUACAGCCGCCCCCCAGUCUGUGGCAGCCGCUUAUUGCCAAUGGUGUGGGCCCAAGCACCAGCCAGCAGUCGGUGGUGGCUGGUGGCACAGCCCGGAGCUCCCAUAGUCCACAUGCGGUCAGCAGGGUGGCCCCGCGUCCGUGGGCGUCGUCAGGGGAGGGCCGGGCGGCCUCGGGUGCGCGUGUCGGGGCGGCGGGUAGGGGGAGCGCCACACACUCCCACCAGUGCGCCGCUGCCUAUGGGGGAUCUGUUUGUUGGUGUCAGUACCCCGGGGUCAACAAGGUGCCCUCCAGCAUGUACCGAGCUUCUACCAAAGCUCGACGACAGCCAUCCAUGCUCCAAGAGGAGACCAUGCAGAAAACUCAGUCCCCAAAUCAUAAACGGGCCUCCGUAGACACUAGGGAGAGGAUCAACAAGGCCACCCCAGGGGCACUGAGGGGUGCCAGUGGGAGCAAAGUAUCCCUAGGCCAACCCCAGACCCCCAAGACCGGUGACACAACCCUGGGUCUCUUGCAUCACUCCAUGGCUCCUGGUCAUCGCUGGGCACUCAAGACUCAGGUGGAGGCUGGCAUGUUCCCAGCCUCCCCAGGGAGCAGGUCAGCACGCACCCUUUCCCGCACAGGCAUCCCCAGGCAGGAGAGGACUCGAACCCUGGGUGCCAGUGCCGGGGUACGCUGCGCUCCGGAGCAAGGGACUGGCCAUAUACUCAAUGAAGUGGCCAGUUUGGCCCAGAGUCCCGACAAUGACAUGGCUGGAAGCCUCUCCCAGGGCUCCACAGACUAUGGCCCAAAUGUGAGUAAUUCCCAGAGCUCGUUGCCUAGCGGCAGCUCACCCAGCCCCUCCACUAUGUCUGUGGCCAGUCUGACGGCCGUGGACCUGGUGGAGGAGGAGUCCUGGGAGGCCAGCUUCGACACCCUCCUCUCUGGCGAGGCUGUGGAGAGUCCCCAGGGGCCUAGAGACAGGGAAAAAACCAAGAGAGGAGGCGGGGGACAUACGUCUCCAAACCUCUACCCCCAGCCCUCUGCAGGCUCAGAGCUGAUACCGAUUCUGCACCAUAGUUCAGUGUCUGGCCGCAUGACCUUGAGUGUCCACUGGGGCUCAGAUGAUCAGGAGGAGAGGGAUGCGUCCUCAGGCCAAAGCUCCAUGGGUCUGACGGAAACAUUGCCCCAGAAAUCCUACAGGACAGGACUGACCAGAAGUUUGUCCUUGGAUAAUGUGGUUCCCACCAUGUAUCAGCAGCCAUCUGUGGCCUCCAGGCUGACCUCAAGCCUAUCCCAGCCAUUGGUAGUCAGUAAGGUGGCCCCAAACCCAGGCCAGCCAUCUGUGGUCAGUAAGGUCACCACCAGCCCAUCUGAAUUAUCGAUGGCUAGUAAGGUCAUCCCUAGCCUAACUGAGCCAUCUGUGUGUAGUAAGGUGAAUCUCGGCCUGGACCGGAAAUCUUGGACUAGUCAGAUGAACCCCAGCCUCGCCCAGCCAUAUAUAACCGGUGGGGUAGCCACAAACCUAGUCCAGCCAUCUGUGACUGGUGAGGUAGCUCCCAGCCUAGCCCAGCCAUCAGGGACCCAUGGGUUUGCCCCCAACCUAGCCCAGACAUCUAUGACCGGUGCGUUAGCCCCCAGCCUAACCCAGCCACCUGUGACUGGUAGGGUGGCUCCCAGUCUAGCCCAGGCAUCUGUGACCAGUGGGGUGGCUACAAGCCUAGCAUGGGGAUCUAUGACUGGUGGGGUGGCCCCCAGCAUAGCCCGGCCAUCUGUGAUCAGUGGGGUGGCCUCCAGCCUAGCCCAGGCAUCUCUGACUAGUGUGGUGGCCCCCAGCCUAGCACGAGCAUCGGUGACCAGUGGGGUGGCCCCCAGCCUAGCCCGGCCAUCUGUGACAGGUGGGGUGGCCCCCAGCCUAGCCCAGGCAUCCAUGACCAGUGGGGUGGCCCCCAGCCUAGCCCGGCCAUCUGUGACAGGUGGGGUGGCCCCCAGCCUACCCCAGGCAUCUAUGACUGGUGGGGUGGCCCCUAGCCUAGCCCGGCUAUCUGUGACCAGUGGGGUGGCCCCCAGCCUAGCACGGGCAUCUAUGACCAGUGGGGUGGCCUCCAACCUAGCCCAGGCAUCUGUGACCGGUGGGGUAGCCCCCAGCCUAGCCCAGGCAUCUAUGACCAGUGGGGUGGCCCCCAGCCUAGCCCGGCCAUCCAUGUCUAGUGGGGUAACGCCCAGCCUAGCUAAGCCAUGUGUGGCCGAUGCAAUGACCCCCAGCUUAACUAAGCCAUCUAUGACUGAUGGGGAGGGUCCCACUAUAGCGCAGCCAUCAGUGACUGGUGGGGUGACCCCCAGCCUAACCCAAGCACCAGUGGCCUGUGUAGUGGCCCCCAGCCUACACCAGCCAUCAGUGACCAGUGGAGUGGCUCCCAGCCUAGGCCAGCCAUCAGUGGCCUGUGUGGUGGCUCCCAGCCUAGCCCCACCAUCAGUGGGUUGUGUGAUGGUCUCCAGCCUAUGCCCGCCACCUAUGACUGGUGGGGUGGCCCCCAGCCUAGCCCAGCCCUUUGUGGCCAAUCGGGGGCCCCUCAGCCUCUUCCAGCCAUCGGUAAUUGCUGGUACCAGUUGUGCAGCUGGUCAAUCAGGUUGGGCCCCUAAGGUGGGUUCAGAUCUACCGUCAAGGGUGAGUGCAGUGGCCCCCAGUCUGGGUCAUCCGUCAUUGGUCACUGAAGUCCCUUUGAGUUCAUCAUAUUCUUAUGCCACUAGCAGCACCGGCCCAGACCUGAGCCAGUCACCUGUGGCCACCAGCAUGGCCCCCUGUCAGGAUCCCGUAAUGGUUGAUGGAGUAGCCUCGAACCCCCAGGCCCAUGAGUUCAGCCAGGUGUCGCUGACGUUUCAUCAGCCACUCGGAGUCAGCAGGGGGCACCCAAGCGUCACAGAACAUUCUGCUGUCCCUCUCUCAGCCCCAGAUCUCUUCCAGGCAUCUGGGGCUAGUGGAGAGGACUCUUGUCUAGACCAGGGAACCAAUCCAUGUCCUGGGGCUCUGUUCCCGGGUGUGGCUACAGGCCUUGGUCCAGGCACUAUGGCUGCUGGCCUGUUCCCAAAUAUGUCUCGAGGGACCCUGGCUGCUGGUAUGUUCCUGAGUAUGUCUCCAGGGUCUCUGUCUCCGGGCAUGACAGGGAGUGUGUGCCAGAGAAGUGUGGCGACUGGUAUGGGCCCAAAUCAGUUUCAGGGGGCCAGUGGCUUGGAUCCCCGUGCAUCUCCGGCCUCUGGGGCAGGUGCCCCUUUGAUUCAUGAGCAAGCCUCAGAGGUGGGUCCUGGUUUCUCUCGGGCUUCAGUGCCCAACAGACUGGGUAUGAGUCCAAUCAAGUUUUCUCAGGCCGAUGCAGGCCCCAGCAUGUCUCAGGUCAAUGUUGAUAUUCCAAUAUCUUUGAACCAGCAGCAUCCUUCUGUGACCACAGUCGUGGCACCUGGUUAUGAACAAGCAAAUGAUUUCAGUCAGGAGCCUGUAGUGGACACAGCUAGUGGCCUGGUUCCAGGUUCUGUACCCAGUAGGAUGACCACAGCCAUGGCCCCAGGUACCGUGGCCAGUGGUGUGGCCCCCAGCCUUGCCCCAGGGUCUGUGAUCAGGGGCGUGGGCCAGAGCCUGCCUCCAGGAUCUGUGAUCAGUGGUGUGCCUCCCCACCUUCCGCCCGGUUUUGUGGUCAGUGGUGUGCCUCAGAACCUUCCCGAAGGGUCUGUGAUCUAUGGUAUCAGCCACAGCCUUCCCCCAGGAUCUGUGAUCAGUGGCAUGGGCCAGGGUCUUCCUCCAGAUCCCGUGGCCAGUGCUGUGGCCCAGAACUUUCCUCCAGGUUCUGUGGCUAGUGGGGUGCCCCCUAGUCUGAUUGCAACAUCUGGGGCUGGUGGGAAGGGACAAAGCUUUGUAAGACCCUCAUUUAGUUUCACUGUUCCAAGCCUGAUCUCGGGUUCAGUGGCGGGUGGGAUGGUCCCGGGUGUGUCUCCCAGGCCUGUGACCUCUAGUGUGGUUCCAGCCAUAGAUUCUGGGGAACUGAAUCAGGGCCUGAUGCUGGAGUCCACGGAUAAUGUAGCUGGCCUGCCGUCCACAGUGGGAAAUGUGGCCCAGAGCCUUCCCCAGGGGUCCAUGUUGAUUGGGAUCACUCCCCGUCCUUACCAUGGAGCCCUGGCUAGAGAAGGGUCUACAGCCCCCUUCCAGGGAUCCCAUGUCACUGGCCUGGCUCAGCUGCAUCCCCAGGCCUUGGAAGCUAGCGGCACAACCAGGAGAGUACACCGGGUGCCCACAGUUCUUCAAAGGGCCACCCAGUUGAGCCAUGCUCUUGAGAUGAUGUCAUUUGAGACCACAGAUGACCAGGUCAUGAGGAAGCCAGAGGACCUGAGCCAGGCCGUGUCCCAGGUGUCCGUAUCCAGUGCGGAGUCCAUGGUCCUUGACGCAACCCCAUGGAUGCCCCAGAAUCCCCCAUCAGCGGACGUCAGCCACAGCCACAGCCAGCAAUUCUUUCCCGAUGGCCAAAGGCCGUUGUUGGAGAUGGUUCCCAGCCAGACCAAAUCUCUGACCAGUGGUAUGGCUCCUGUCCCGCCCCAGUCCCUGAGUUUUGCCAAGCCCUCGAUGGCUGGGAGCACCACCCUAACUCUGCCGCCGAGGUCAGCCACCAGCUGGGGGGCUCCCAGUUCCCACUUUGUGACUGCUAGCACAGCUUCCAGUGUGCACAUAGAGUCUGUCAAGGCUGUUGGGGCCCCCUUGGCUCGACGGGCAUCGGUGGCUCACAUUGUGCCCCAGAGCCCCUCGGUGACUCACGUGGUGCCCCAGGGCCAUCCCCACAAGAUGGGGGCUUCUCCCAUAGCCUCAGCAUCCCCUAAGCUGUCCCAAAGCCGUUCUAGGGCCUCCAGUGUUCAUCCAGGGUCUGUAGUGGGGGUGGGGACCCCAAGCACUUCCCAGAAGUCAGGGACCACCUACAAGGCCUCUCAUGUGCUGUAUCCACCCAUGGCUGGUGGGGUGGGAUCUGGUGGCUUCCAGGUAGACGUGGUCCCCAGGGCCCACAAGAAGCCAGCACCUGGGGACCUGGCUCAGAGCAGCCACAAAUCUCUUGGCUCCAGAAAAUCCUAUAGGUCCGUGCAUGGUUAUCUUGUCUCAGACAUGCUAGACAGUAAUGUUGCCAGGGUGGUGCCCUUGUACGACGUGCAGGAGCAUGUCCCUAGGUCCUCUCAGGAGAGUCCCGGGCACGCCGAGAGCACCCCACCAGCGGUGACACCUAUCAUCCGCACCAUGGAUAUGGCCCCCAAUGUGGCUGCCCCUAGGCUGCACCCAGGUUUUCGGAGGGUGUCUCUGGGCUAUGAGUCUUCACCUGACGGUUCCCGGAGGCCCCUUUUUACCCCGGAGUCAACGCCGGGCUCCUGGGAUUUCCAGAGCGCCGUGGUUCCCGCAGGCUGUCGGAGGGUGUCCCUGACUCCCACUGUACUCCAGGGCCCUGUGGACGCUGGCAUAGCUGGUGGCCAAGCGUGGAACUCUGCCGCCGUCCCCAGUGGAGCGGCUGGGCCCACGACCAGCGCCGUGGCCCCUGGCGGCGCAUGGGAUCUGGCUUCGGGGCCCUGGGACACCAUGGGCAGAGAGGCAGCGGUGGACCCCAGACAGUCGGGGGAACAGGUGACGUCACUGCAGGCUAUGGAGAAGGUCGUCACCCAUGCCGUGGUCACCAUCCAGGCGUGCGCCCGCGGCUACCUGGUGCGUCGAACCAUCAGGGUAUGGCACCAGUGGGCUGUCAUCAUCCAGGCCGCCUGGCGCGGCUACCGCGUUCGGCGGGACUUGGCCCGGCUCUCUCAAGCGGCCACCACCAUCCAGGCCACAUGGCGAGGCUUCCGCACCCGCCGGAUAGAGACCCAGCUGCAGUCGCUCCCCGGUGUGUGGACCAAGGCGGACGGCAGGACCAGGUCCACAUCGGACCACCGCUGUUUCCAGUCCUGCCAGCCGCAUGUCUGUCCUUACUGCCAGUCCCUGAGCCCCAACCUGGGAAGCCCGCCCAGCGUGGUGAUGCUCGUGGGCUCCAGCCCCCGCACGUGCCACAUGUGCGGCCACACCCUGCCCACUCGGGUGGUGCACGGUGUGGGUCGGGGCUCCAGGGUCCAGGCCAGCAUGCCGUGGGGCUGCGACACCCCGAGGGCCUCCCAGAGCCCCCAACAGUCCCAUCGCCAGAAUAAGGCAGCCACGACCAUCCAGUCAGCCUGGAGGGGCUUUGCCGUGCGCCGCCAGCUGAGGCAGCAGCAGAUGGCCGCGAGGAUGCUUCAGGCCAACUGGCGCGGCCACCACACCCGGGUCUCCCUCACUCCAGAUGCACUUUUGGGAGCAGCAACAUGGGACAACCCAGAGGACACGCAGUGGCCGGGCGUCUAG